GUAGUCCUCUCACUUGUUCAUAUACAUUUUUUUGGCAGCUGAAAUGCCAGCGUUAGUUACCUUAUUAAGUUUUGACUGUCCUAAUACAUUCCAGGGAUGUACAGUUAUCGUAAUGCUUAAAUAUCGGCUGAAACCAUAAUAAAUCCCUUAAUAUGACUCAAAAUGCGAAUUUUACCACCUUUACAACACGGGAAAUAUCAGUAUAUUUAUUUUGAAAGCAUUUAUAAUGCAUCCGAUGCAAUGCGAUGCGGCCUUGUUUUUACACUAAUACAAGAACUGCCAGCCUAACUCUAUCAUAUGGGAAUUGGAUGGAAUAAGCUAGAAAGAGGCUUCAAAAGAAAAAUCUUUUGAUUGUUUCUUUUGUUCUACUUGCAAUACGACUUCUCUUAAGUAAUACCUCUUAUUUCUCCUUUGUUUAUAUACAACUCUCCCAUGUGCUAAAUGCCUAGAUUUUCACUUAUCUUCUAUCCACUUUCAAAAGGUUCUCAUUUAUUAUUGCUCUUUUGAAAUGUGUAUAUUUUUUAAUUUAACUGUUAAUAUUUUGCUCAUUUUCUUAUAAAAUUCCAUAAUAUUGAAAAUCAUUGAAAGUAGAACUUGGGUACUGGACUGGCAUGUUAUGUCAUUGUUCUACCUGUAAGGAACAAAUCUUUGAAGGUAGAACUACUGAACUUGGGUAUCGGACAUUUGGAUUUGCAUGUCAUGGCAUUGAUCCCCUUUCUGUUGGGACCCUAAUGCUUGGGUGUUGGAUCUUCUUAGAAUAACUCUAUAAAUUUUGGGCUGUUCUUCUGAUGUUGAUGAAAGGCUAUGUUCUUGUUGAAACUCAUGAAAGAGGUGGAGAAUAUAUUUAUUUUGUUACUUUUCCUUUCUUGCUUUUACUUUUUGUUAAAUUAGGCUGGACUUAUUGUGAAUGCCAACAUAUUAACGGGAGGACACAAGUGCACACACUUCAUAAGCCAAGGAGAUAUAUACCAUCCCAAAACCAUAUGGCUAUGGGAAGAAGGUCUCUAAUAGUUUAUAAAGCGUGCACACCAUUUUCAAUUUAUCGAUGUGGGAUAACUCAUCCCAACACUUUUAACAUUAUUUCUAUUUUUUUUACUUCAGAAACUUGAUUUGUAGAAACAAUCCCUUACAUGCAAUAGGAGUGUUCAUCUCAUACAUAAAUCAUAAUAUUUUAUUGGUUACAUGGUUAUUAUAGAAAAGUCAUGACCGGUUUUGAGGGUGUACGGCGUGCUUAACUGCAUAGGCCCCUAAAACUGAAGGCCUUAUAUAUGAAAUCUCAUAUUAAGAUAGUAAUAAGGUUAAAUAGGCAGUUGAAGUUUUACUUUACAUAUCAAUAAUUAUAGGAUCAAAUUUUAUUAGUUGUAGUUGUAUAUUUUUUUCUCGUUCUUUCUUUUAUCUCUUUUCAAAUCAACCCUUUAACUCUCAAACAUUUUUGGUUACAUCAAUUAAUUCUCACCCAUUGAAAUAUCAAGAAUCACCAUUUUAAUUUCUAAAACUAAUUAACAUUUUCUUAAUUUUUCUAUCCUUCAAACUUUUACGCUUCUCUAUUAUUAACCAUCAACCCGAUACUUUCUUUUCUCUCCCUUAACAUUAGGGAUGAGAAUUUAAUUUUUGAUAUAUUUUUAUAAAUUAAUUUUAAUGUAGUUAGAAAUUACACUGAGUUUUUAUUUAAUUAUAGUACUUGAAAUCAAAAUUUUAAUGUAUUUAGUUAACAACAUAAUUUAUGAAUGAAAGGUCCCGGUUCAACACUUUUUUCACUUUCAGGAAAGUUCCAUUCCAUGAGUUCUCUGUUAUCCUUCUGCCUUGCAUGUUUCUUGCCUUUUCAAACUCUCCUAUUUCCUCUAAAAACAAGUAAAAUUUUUGUGGUGGACAAACCUUUUUUCUAAUCCGCGUGGUGACUCUAAGUUUUUAACCUUUCCACUUGGUGGACAAAAGGCUAAGGUUUUUGUCAAACUUAUUUGUUAUUAUCCAUCAUAACAACUUUUUUCGUAAAUACAAACGCCCUGAUCAUCUUUAAAGGGCACUUUUUUGAAAAUCUAUUCGCAUUGAGUAUUUAAAUUAACUAAGAACUUAACAUUUUGUCUGCCACAUGAAAUAAUUGAAAGCUUGGGAUCACCACGCGGAUUGAAAAAAUUUUGUUUACCACGUGAAAAAGUCGAAAACUUAAAAUUACAAUGUGAAAUUUUAUGUUGAGUGGCAAACAUAUGAUCUAUGCUUAAUUUGUGUUUCAGCAUUUGAUUUAUGCUUUGUUGACUCUAGGGAUUCCAGAAAUUUUAGGAUCUUUCUAUUGUGAUCAACACUGUUUCGUUUCGGUAAGCCACUACUCACCAGAAUUCUGCGUCUUCUGCACUACACCACCACCACCCAAAGAAAAUGAUUACAAAACAAACUAGCUGGAGAGCUUUUUGGGACCAUGUGGAAUUUUGUAAAUCCCACCCCUAAGGCUCCAACCCUUCUUUCAUCAUCAUCCCAAUAUUCCGCCCAAAAACAGGGUUUAGGUGAGGGAAGGUGACGGACAAUCCAUACCCGUACUCCUUUCAAGAGAAGACUAGAGGAAUAUGGUCAAUUUUACCAAAAAAAAAAAGUUUAGGCUCUAACCCUUCUUUCAUCAUCAUCAUCCCAAUAACCCGUUCAAAAACAGGGUCUGGGCAAGGAAAGGUGACGGACAAUCUAUAUCCGUACUCCUUUCAAUAGAGGACUAGAGAAAUGUGGUCAAUUUUACCCCAAAAAAUUUUGACUCCAACCCUUCUUUCAACUUAGAAAAAUCUAGGAAAGUAAAAAGAUCUUUGAAAUUGUGGUGGUUUUAUGCUUUUCAUCAAAAGCACUCAUUUGACUUGGUAAGGAAUGUUUGGACUUAAUGAUGAGUGAUGAUGCACUCAAAGUUUUUUGUUUUUCUUGUGGAAACUAUUCAUGAACUUUUCACCAUGUAUUUCUGCUUCUAAUAAUUUUUUAUUACCUCCUAUAUGAAAUCUUCACUGCUGUUGAUUUAGUCUUCUAGCAUUGUCUUUUACUUCAUUGAUUAGGAAUAUGAAAAGACCAGUAGACUUUUUUAGGUGAAGCUUCUUCCCAUAGUGUUAACUUUUCCUUAUGAAGUAAGAGCCAAAAGUAGUGGUCUUUUCUGGACUUUGUGAAUUUCAUUUUGUCUUAAUCCUUUUGAUUUGGUACGUAUUGUGUUUUGUAUCUCUCCAAAAUGUCGAGGGUUUCAUUGGCCGCAAGCUUAUUAGAUCUUUCGAUAAGGAUAUGUUCUCCCGUCAUCUAGUCCUUUUCAGUCCUGAUCAUAGCUUUUUAUGAGCAGGAUAUACUGGGUAUGAUGAUGUAGCUCUCCAAAUUGGAAUUAAUACGAGCCUUUUUUAGUGUCAAGUUAAUCUUUGUCAAUCUUUGUUGAAAAUCUUCAUGGUUUCACAAUACUCUGAAUGAUUAUGAAAGUGCCGACAGUUUAGGAUUUGUCCGAAAAUUUCUUUUCAUUACGAAAUAACUGUGUACUUUAGAAUGUGUAGCUCUUCAUAAUUCCUCAAAAGCUAAUAUUUGAGUCUUCGAACCGAGCUUUUUAACUAAAAUGGUUAGGUUUACUGGAGAAACUCAACCCGGUCUAGAGGAGUGCAGAGAAGCAUCCAAGAGAUUGAUCGACCUCGGACUAGUCUUUACACCACUCGAAGAAGCAAUCCAGGAGACAGUCGAUAGCUUGAAGGCUAAAGGCUUCUUGGAUGAUCAAAAACCAAAGGCGUAGUUCCUUUCUAAGUCGAUUACCACCAAGGGUUUUAGGAGACUAUGACGAUAAACAAAAGCCGAACUCGGAUGGUUUCAGAGAAGCAGAUUAUCCCUACAUUCUGAGGCAGGCAACUAAGUAAUUUAACUGUUCUGGCCUGCUCUCUUAUUAUCAGUUUUAAUGUUUUAGCUAUGAUACAUUUCAUGUGCAUUGGUUUGAAUGCUUAAUUAUGACUUGUUAAUAUUUAUGACAAGUUACUACCAAUUAAAAUUAAAAGAAAUAAAAAGCAUAUAUUUGAAACUUGCUUUGUUUAUAAGUUAUAAUGGGUUGUUUGACAAACGACUGAUAGUUAAUUAUAGUGGUUGAUUUGAUCCGCUGAUUUUAAACCCGCUACUAGUAUUGGUUGGUUUGACCGCCCAACCUUGUAUUUGUAUCAAAAUAAGCUAAAAUUACCGAAUAAGUUAUUUCGCCAAACAUUCCCAAUGUAAUGGCUUGUUCUGCAAAUUGGAUGAGCAGUUGCAGUAAAAGAUAGGGCCUUGCACAUGAAAUACCUGUAAGGGGAUGUGAAUCGGGACACAGAUAGUCCAAAACCUCGAAAUCUUAAUGGCGUCCUUGUGUAUAAAAGACAUGAAAUUUAAUCAGAGAGCAGAAAAAUAAGGUUAAGGAUGAUACGAGAAAGUACAUGGUACUGAUUAGUGAUUACACUCUCUCCAUUAACAAAUAACAACUAACAAGGCCUUACAAAGGGAUAGAUUGCCUGUUUCUGUCUGUCCUUUUUUGAUUUCCAAGCUUUGGCACGUGAUUUUGGGACCUUUUGAUGGCUUCUUUUGUUGGGUCUUUUGUCAUCUUUGUACUAACAAAUUAGCUUAAGAGUUUAACUUAUACUACUACUACUACUGUCUUUUUUUUAAUUAUAUGAAUGAUUUGAGUUUAUUUCUAACACUUUCUCUUCUUUGGCUUUGCAUUUAUCCUUGCUUUCUCUCUCUGAUGUUUCUGUUCUGAAUAUUAGCAGCAAUCCAUGUGCUCUUUUCCUCCUUAUAUCUUCUCAUUUUUUAUGCUCUUUCACUAAGAAGGAAUCUUUCCCUUUUCUUUUUCUUUAUUUAUCUUUCUCAAGGAAUCUAGUUUUGGGUCUGCCUUUGAUUAACAAUCCAAUUAAUGUUGAAUUGAUAAAUAUUGGGCAUUUUUAGCUUAUGUUGAUACAAAUAAAAGGUUGGGUGGUCAAACCAUCCAAUGUUAAUGUUUGGUAAAUUAGUUGGUUGAAACAACUUAUUGUUAAAGAAUAAGUUGUUUUGAACAAGUUGUUUAUAGCAGCGGGUUCAAAAUCAGCUAGUCGAACAAGUUAAUAAAAUCAACUAAUCAAAUUAGCAGAGUCUUCUUAAAAAAUUUAAGAGCCUUGUGCAAAACUUUUAUUUUGCACUUGAUUUAUAGUAAAUAUUUUUAUUUUAUCAAUAAACUUAACAUUUUUUUUUUCUUUUUUCAUAUACGGGAGAAAAAGGGGCCUGUGCGAUCCAUUACCUCGCACACCCUCAACAACCCCUAUGCAAUUCAACUACUAUAAUCAACCAAACACCACAAAUAAAUAGAGCUAAGUGAUGUUUCUAAUCUAAUCAUACAAUAAUUUUUUUCCUGAAUUUUUAUUUUUUGGACACUGGCAAUUGCAUGUGCAUCAAAUGAUUUAGGCCCACCUCAAAGAAAAAUAAUAUUCUAAGAAGUUGAUGCCACUCAAAAACUAAUCUUCAACCCCACCACCAUUACCUUCCCUAUCCCCCCCCAACUUGUUUCUAUUUUGGUAUUUAUGCAUCUUCUUUAACUUAAACUUAAACUCACUCAUAUCAUGUUAAAUUAAACUUCAAAUAUUUACUACUGAAUACUCUCCUCUUUGAUCAUACAAUGAGCAGCCCAGCACCUUACAACACUUCAUGGUCUAUAAGCGAAGAUUCGCUACGAAGAUACGUACAAUAUGCUAGCGAGAAUUGUAUACAAGAGCUUCUAUCGGCAUCCGAUUCGAGCAGGAAUGGAAAUGGUAAUGAUGGGUGGAAAAUUCUUAGUUUAGAUGGUGGUAUGGAAAUAUCUAAACGUCAUUCAGGAUCAUUCCAUAUAUUUCGUAGUCGUUGGAUACUUCGAUCAGUUUCUCCCCAACAGUUCAUUUCGGUUGCUAAUGCAAUUGAUGCUGCCAAGCAAUGGGAUCCUGACUUGGUGGAGGCAAGAUACAUUAAGGAUUUAGAUGAAAAUCUAAGCAUAAUACGGUUGAGAUUCGGUGAUGCGUCGAGAGCGAUGUUCAAGAACAGAGAAUUCAUUGUUUAUGAACGACGUGAAACAAUGGAUGAUGGAACAUUGGUUGUUGCAGUAGCUUCACUUCCAAAAAAGAUAGCUGCUGGAUUAUAUCCUAAGCAAAAUAAAACCAUUAGAGGUUUAUUGUUGCAAUCUGGCUGGGUUGUGGAGAAGCUUGAUGAUCAUUCUUGCAUGGUCACCUAUGUUGUUCAGCUCGAUCCAGCAGGAUGGCUUCCAAAGUUCUUCGUGAAUCGACUAAACACAAAAUUAGUGAUGAUUAUUGAAAAUCUUAAAAAAAUUGCACAAAGCAGUCCACUUGAUGCUCAUGUAUCUGUUUCUAUAUGAUAUCAUAUCAUUACAUUGUAUAUUAUAUUCUUUUUUUUUAAAAAAAAAAAAAAGAAAAAUGCUACGAGUAAAGUACACGAACAACAUUUUAUGGUGGAAUUUUUUGAAUUAUUAUAGUCUUAAUUAUGUGCUUAUCUUUACUAGUCAUUAAAUUAGUGGCUAAUCUUUACUUUUGAACUUCGAGUUGUUGUAAUUCUAAGCACAAGAUGGUCCUAAUUGUAAUCAUUUCAUUCAUCACUAAAGCUAACUCCCCCAUAUAUCAUCA